CUCCGCUACGACGGGCUCUGCUAUGAGAUUUCGCAGAACGCGGACACCGCCGCCCGCCGAUUCCAGCGCAGAGCGGCCGGCUCUGCCGUGGACUCUACAGCGCCGUGGAGCCGUGCGAAACAUCUUUUCUGUCGCCGGAACUGCUCCUCUGACGGUCGCCGAGAUGGACGUCUCUCCGACCGUCGCGCGCCGCGUCCUCUCUGCACGCACAACCAGGGCUCUUGCUUGCGAGGUUGAGACGUGCCCGAUUUGUCUCGAGGGCUACAUGCCAGGCGACGAGGUGGCCUGCAUGCCGUGUCUGCACAAGCUGCACUGGCGGUGCCUCUACGUGUGGCUUGAGAGGGCCAAUACCUGCCCGACCUGCCGCUGGUCCCUCUCCUCGGAAGGCACAGACGCGUGCUCGCUCGGUUCGUCUCUCGACGAGGCGAGCGCCGAGGAGGUGAGCUCUCUGGUGAGCCUCUCCAGGAGCAGAGGCGAGUCGGAGCUCGAGCGGCUGCGGCAGAGCGGGUCGACGAGCGGCCGCUCCUCUCCAGACCCGAGAUGAGAUGACUGGAGCACGGAUCGUUAUUUGUGGCGCGCCAUGCACACGCCCGCGGCCGGUGCCACCAAUCAUGUGUAGACGAGAUGUUCUUCGCUGUGUGCAGGCGGCGUGGGGGGGGGCCGGACCAGCGCCGGACGGACCGUCGCGACAGCGACCACGCGUUUCACACCCGAUUAGCGGCCUUCGGUGGAAAAUAGAAUUGCGUGAACGGAGUCUG